ACAUUUAAGUUCACGUGGCUGAAUAUCUUUUAUAUUUAAAGUUGUGAUAGACUGCAUACCGGGAAUGAUCGAUAGUAAGAGCUCCAUUGGAAACUACACUACCCAGAGACAGCUGGUAUUGGGCAUGCGCAAUGUAACUAUUGUGUCUCGUGGAGACAGGCGGCAGCGAGGCCUGAAAAAAACGUAAAUAAAUAAAAAACAGGUACUGGUCCAUUAAGCUUGUAGCGCCCAGAUCUGACCACAUCGACUCUCCGGACGGAGAAGCACCGUGCUGGUAUGGCGGAACCGGCGGGUCAAGCCUCCACGCAAGUCCGGCUUCAGCAGGGCCCGAGCGGAGGCUCGGCGGGCUCCGGCCCCAACUCAGGCUCCGGAUCCGGCAGCAGCGACCCGGCCCGGCCCGGCCUGAGCCAGCAGCAGUGGGCGAGUCAGAAAAAGGCCCAAGUUCGCGCUUUUCCUCGGGCCAAGAAACUCGAGAAACUCGGAGUGUUUUCGGCUUGUAAGGCUAAUGAUUCUUGUAAGUGUAAUGGCUGGAAGAACCCCCAUCCUCCCACCGCCACCCGGAUGGAGCUCCAGCAGCAGGCGGCCAACCUGAGCGAAGCAUGCCGCAGCUGUGGCCAUACCCUGGCGGAGCAUGUGUCUCACCUAGAAAAUGUGUCAGAAGAGGAGAUUAACAGGCUCCUAGGAAUGGUGGUGGAUGUAGAGAAUCUCUUCAUGUCUGUGCACAAAGAGGAGGACACAGACACCAAGCAGGUUUACUUCUAUCUGUUUAAGCUGUUGAGGAAGUGCAUUCUGCAGAUGGGGAAGCCGGUAGUAGAGGGCUCACUUGGAAGCCCACCGUUUGAGAAACCCAACAUAGAACAGGGGGUUUUGAACUUUGUGCAGUAUAAGUUCAGUCACUUGGCUCCUAAAGAGAGGCAGACGAUGUAUGAGUUGAGUAAGAUGUUUCUGCUGUGUCUGAACUACUGGAAGCUGGAGACACCGUCUCAGUUUCGCCAGCGGGCCCAGAAAGAGGACGCCUCCGCAUACAAAGUGGAUUAUACCAGGUGGCUGUGCUACUGCCAUGUCCCGCAGAGUAACGACAGUUUGCCCCGCUAUGAGACGUGUCAGGUGUUUGGCCGUAGUCUCCUCAAAUCCAUCUUUACAGUCACCCGCCGGCAGCUGCUGGAGAAGUUCAGGGUGGAGAAAGACAAACUUCCCCCAGAGAAACGGACCCUUAUUCUGACUCACUUUCCCAAGUUUCUUUCCAUGCUAGAAGAGGAGAUCUAUGGUGAGAACUCUCCUAUCUGGGAUGCUGACUUCACCAUGCCAGCUUCUGAGGGGGCACAGCUGGGUCCUCAGACAGUGCUGAGUCCUGUGUCGGUGUCCGGUUCUCCUCUGCGUAAAGGUCCAGCAGGCUCUGCUUUGGAUACAGCCACCUCCGAACCCAUCACAGGAGAGAAGCGGAAACUGCCAGAGGCAUUGACGCUGGAGGAUGCUAAGCGGAUCAGGGUGAUGGGGGAUAUUCCCAUGGAGCUGGUCAACGAGGUCAUGAUGACUAUAACAGACCCUGCUGCCAUGCUGGGCCCAGAGACAAGUCUCCUUUCGGCUAACGCUGCACGGGAUGAAACGGCGCGUCUGGAGGAGAGGAGGGGCAUUAUUGAGUUCCACGUGAUCGGGAACUCGUUGUCUCAGAAGUCCAAUAAGAAGAUCUUGAUGUGGCUGGUCGGACUUCAGAACGUUUUCUCCCAUCAGCUGCCACGCAUGCCUAAAGAGUACAUCACACGCCUGGUUUUUGACCCGAAGCACAAGACGUUGGCUCUGAUAAAAGAUGGCCGUGUGAUCGGUGGGAUCUGCUUCCGAAUGUUCCCCACUCAGGGCUUCACUGAGAUUGUCUUCUGCGCUGUUACUUCAAAUGAGCAAGUCAAGGGCUAUGGUACACACCUGAUGAAUCACCUAAAGGAGUAUCACAUCAAACAUGGCAUUCUUUACUUCCUAACCUACGCUGAUGAAUAUGCCAUUGGCUACUUCAAGAAGCAGGGCUUCUCCAAAGACAUCAAAGUGCCAAAGAGUCGCUACCUUGGCUACAUUAAGGAUUAUGAAGGUGCCACGUUGAUGGAGUGUGAGCUCAAUCCCAGAAUUCCCUACACAGAGCUGUCGCACAUCAUCAAGAGACAGAAAGAGAUCAUUAAGAAGCUGAUUGAGAGGAAGCAGAGUCAGAUCAGGAAGGUUUACCCUGGACUUACCUGUUUUAAGGAGGGAGUCCGACAGAUACCUGUGGAGAGCAUUCCUGGAAUCAGGGAGACUGGUUGGAAGCCCAGUGCCAAAGAGAAAAAUAAAGAGCUGAAAGAUCCUGACCUGCUCUACAACAUACUGAAGAAUCUUCUGGCCCAAAUUAAAACCCACCCUGACGCUUGGCCUUUCAUGGAACCAGUGAAGAAGUCCGAAGCUCCAGAUUACUAUGAGAUCAUCCGAUUUCCCAUUGAUCUGAAGACCAUGACGGAGCGGCUGAAGAACCGCUACUAUGUGACUAAGAAGCUGUUCAUCGCCGACCUGCAGAGAGUGAUCACAAACUGCAGGGAGUACAACCCCCCUGACAGCGAGUACUGCAAAUGCGCCAACACGCUGGAGAAGUUCUUCUACUUCAAACUUAAGGAGAGCGGCCUCAUUGACAAGUGAAGGCGAAUGCCCAGAGAGUAAGGGACCAGAGAAGGUGCAACAUUUCUUAAAGGGGCUGGGCAUGUGUGGCAGAAACCACCAGAAUUCUCACUCAUAUAGUACUGUAUAAAAGUCAUAGUCACCUGAGAAAAUGAUAUUUAAAAUGAUUUACCUGGGAGCUUAUUUGCACAGGAAAACCGCUAACAUUAGAGUAAAUACAUGUAGAGGUUCGUCAUCAAGAAUCAUUUAUUUCUGUCGGUGUGUUUUUUGAAACAUUUUGAAAUCCUCUUCUUGAGGCAACCGAGUAUUUUGUUACUACAAAAUACAAUACAGCCAAUCAGUACUUCCUUAAGUUAUACAUGAUUAAAGGAGAAUUCCAUCAAUUUUUAAAAAUUUCUGCGUAAUUCAGUCGUUCAGAUGUGCACAUUCAGUCAUUCAGAGUGGUUUGAUGUAAAAUGGUAAAUUGUAGAGAAACUUACCAGCUCUGCAUUUUUUAUAGAGGUGGUGUUACAUUGUAAAUAUUUGCUACAUUGCAAAUGCACAUAUAGUUGGUUUUUGGUGCCCAAAAUAUUCAGGAUAGAGUUUUUAUAUGUAAUGUUAAGAAUAAUAAAAUAGUGAUAAACCCAAAAACAUAUUCUUUGGGUACUAAUUUGCCCCACAGCACCUUGCGUAUACCUCUCUAGCCUGCCUGUUUUUUAGAAAUAAUUUUUAGGUUAAAACUUAAACUCAGAACUAUUGUAAAGCAGCAUAUUCAUGACCAUAUAAUAGCUUUCUGUGAAUGUAGCUUUAAGAGGCAUUGAACUUUCCAACAUCUGGUUCCUGUCACCACCAUUGACUCUCUACAAUCACACAUUUCAUAUGAAACCUCUCUGAGUUUGUUUAUAACCUAAUGAUGCAAAUACCCAGAGGUUUUGGGUAAAAAUUGUAAAAUUCUCCUUAAAAUCAUGUUAAUAAUUUAGAGUUAAGUUAGAUGUGUUGGUGGUGGAAUUUAAGUCCAUGCAGUGGCUGUAUCUGCACCGAAGAGAAGAGGAACCAAACCUCAUCUAACUUUUGAAAUCAAAUAAUUCAGUUUUUUGCUGUGUUUGUUGAUUUGCAUUUAGUCUGAUGUUAGGUUGUGUUUUUACAAUCAAAAACACACUUUACUGCCCAGAUAAAUAGUUUUAAACAAUUUUCUUGGCCGACUUCAAACAUUUUCACAUGUACUGUGUAAAUACAUAUAAGAUAUGCAAGAUUAUGAAGAGAGGGAAGAGGAAUGACUCAGCAGGGUGUUUUGGGAAGGGAUGGGGCUAAGACGAAUGUUUCUGGGUAGAGUGAUGGAUAGUUAAGUGCUUUAAAUUGUGGAGAGAAGCCUUUCAUUAUUCAUUCUUCUUUCUUUCUGUUUCCCUUCUGCUCCCUCUACAUGACGUUGCAAAAGCAUGACUCAUGCAUACUGAGGCUCAUUCGUAGCAGUGCUCCUUAUUCAUUACAGUGCUCAGACACUUGGACUUCUGCAUGUGUCAUACACGCUGUGUGGUCCACAACUGACUCAGAAUAAGUGGAACAUUAGGCUGGCUACAUAUGUGCUGUAUUUCUUCCAAAAAGAGCUAAACAUGGAGCACUGAGGCCCUCCAGUGGCGUGAUCCACUGGUCAAAGGAGACGUUUUGUGAAAAAUCGAAUGCACACAAUUGUCUUCUUGUUUUUAAGUGUAGUCAGUCAGCCAAGACUUGAUUGCUUCUUCUGGAGCUAAGAGGCUAACAAGUAAUUAGCAUUGUGCACACUUGCCACAAACUGCAUCAACUUAAGUAAUCUCAAAUAGACUUUCUUGUGUAGUUUUUGAUGUGGUAUGAUGUGCUGUUAUUUAUUUGAAUGCCAAAAGUUAGCUUCUUAAAAAAUUGUUCUCUGUUGAGGAUGUCAGUGGGUAUCAGUAUCAGGCCAAUAUCAGCAUUAAAAUGCUGGGUUGUAUGUUAACAAGAUAAAAAGAAUGAAUUAAAAAGCCACACUCACACAGUUCUUCCUGUGGGGUAGUAGAGUAUUUGAUUAGUUUAAGCAUGAUUUUUACUUUUAGAGGUGUAUAUGUAUUUUUUUUUUAAGUGUUUAACAGCUUGUUUUAGGGCGUAGGAGUUUUUUUAAAAAGACACGUGGUAUCUGUAUCAGCCGAUACUCACGAUUUCAGUUGGUACUGAUAUCAGAAAAGAAAAAGUGAUGUUGCACUAUCUGUAGUUAACUGUUGAAAAUGGACAGCUACAUUAGCCUCAUAGAAUACAGUGCAAAACUGAAGCAAACAUCAGACACCAAACAUGUCUUGGCUGAUUGACUGCAUUUAAAAUAUUGAUCUAAUUUAUAUAAUUAUAUAAUUCAGUAAACAAAUGCACAAUAUCGCCCUCUAAACUAGAAUCUCUGACAUCAGUCUACUUGUUGCACUGCAGUGAAAGGAUGAAAUGUGAUCUGGGCACAGUUUUCCAAAAGCUUUGUAAGUGUUAAGAUCAUUUUAACUGAGAGAGAGAAUGUUUAAUGUGAUGCUGACUCUGUCUGUUGUGCUUUUGGCAAACCCUGCCCUGAUUAGUGAUGCUCCACAAUGAAAACGCUUGGCUGAAGCCAAGACUAAAAUUCAGUCCCGAAAGCAGAAAACAAAAACCAAAAAAGCUGACAAUAAAUGAAAAAAAAAAUAGAUAAGUUGCACUUGCUAAAAUUAUUCCACAGUAUGUAGUCUAUUGUAUAUGCCAUAAAUCCCACACCCUCAACAAAAGAGAAUUGUCAUCAAAGGCAUCCAAAUCCAAUCAUUUUUGAAGUUAUAUGUUGUUUCUUUGUUUUUUGGGGUUUUUUUGUUUUUUUUUGGUUUUAUUUUGGUCAAUUCAAGACUGUGUCUACAAAUGCUGUCUUUGUGCUCGCAGGGGCUUUCUGUUUUUGCUGGUGCGUCUGCACAUUGAUUGAGGUGUCAUGGUUUUAAGUGGUUUCAAACUUGUAAUGGAGGAGUUCUUGGACAUCAGAUCAGCCUUAAUAUCUUAGAAUGAAAUGAUCACAAAUCACUUGUCUAAGUGUUUCCACACAGCUAACAUUUUUAACCGUUGAUCUGCCACUGCUCAAACUGUUUGAACUUGCCUGCACUGACCAGGGAGCAAACAGCCUUUCUACACAAUAUUUCUCAUUUUUAGAACCAUUAAAACUGUUUGUGAAGUCUUACAUUUUGACAUGUCGGCUUGUUUAAAGCUGCACUAUGUAAGAUAGGUUUGUUAAAACUGAAAGAAGUAGCAUUAAGUCAGGAGGCAGAAAGAAAGCACUUUAAAAGAAAUGGUGUUCUUGUGCUGCUCUUAGGCACCCUGUAAAACCUGAAAUAUUAAGUUAGAAGUCAGAGGUAUCGGGUUGGGGGUUUUUCAGACCACGUCAUGCGUUUUUACAUAUUAAUGUCACAUACAGAAACUCAGAAAGAAGGUCCCGCUUGAGGUCUAAAAUGCAAAAUCAGCAUUACACUGAUGAAGAUAUGAUGACAAAAAUAGAUAAUUUACUUACAUCCUCGGACGACACAUCCUUCACCAAGUUCUGACAGAGUUUCCUUUGAAUGCUCUUUCAACUCGCUCUCAAUCAUCAGAUUCAUCUGCCUGGAGAAGGGGUCCGAAAUACAACAGACAAUACAAAUGUUCCUCUGCAUGUUGCUUGCAGUUACACAUUUCCACCAGAGAGGUCUCCAAAUCCCUGAAACAUACUUAGAAUUUUUUUUUUCUUUUUCCUGGACCAAAAUUUUAGCCUUUCUUCUCUUUUGGUGGCUGGAAUUUCAGUGCAUCUCUAGAUCCGAUACUCAGAGGCUCAAGUGACUGGCACAGCAGCUUUGGCCCGUUUCUGUGGUGACUUUGCUGUCCACUUCCCAGGAUUGGUUGCUUUAGUCAGGUUCAGGUUUCGGGAUGUAACGCAUCAGAUUUUGUGCAUUUAUGUUUGCCAUUUCAUUAAUGCUCACCCACACAGGGUUACUACUCAUGUGACUGUGAACUACUGGUGGUGGUCUCCUUUGGAGUUCAGGGUCUGGGCUGCUGGUUAUGGUGGUGCCAUUGUUUAUGUAUACUGCAAGUAAAAGCCAUAUUUGUCAUUACGGUCUUUCUUUAGUGCUUUGAGAACCCAUGGUGUCAUGCCAAACUUCACUGAAAUAACCACACACUGACUUUUACCAUCUUCUGAUGACACUUUACAAGACAUGCCAGUUUUUGUUUGACGUUUCCAAGCUCUUCUACCAAGUAGUGAGUAUUUGUACAAUAAUUCUGCUCUUGUGUAAUGGUUGUUAACAUAACAAAGCAAAAAAAAAUCAGUAUAGUUUUGCAAGCUGUGAUCAAAUCUGGGAACAGUAUUUGCUGUAGCCUGGAGUUUGAUUUGAAGUGUCUGUUGAAUGGUUCUUUUACAGAUUACACAGUACAUACACACACACACACACACACACACACACACAUACACAACCGUGUGUACCCGUGUCUUGCCUGUUCUGAUGCUGCAUGCUCUCAACAACUUCACGCUUCACAUGUAGAAGCGAUGUUCACAACAUUAACUGACGAGUUCUGUUCCGAGGUGUUUUCCGCAGCGAUGCUGCAAACUUAUUGAUAUGCCCCCCACCCCCAUCUCUUCUCUUGGUUCUUGUGUUGGUCACAUACUUGAAUCAUGACUAGCUUUGAGGAAGUGCUGCAGUGUUUAUAUCCUGUUUUGUUUGUUUUUUUUUGUUUAGUUAUACAGGCUUGUGUCUGAAGAUCAAAAACACAUUGUGUUUCCCAAAGAAGAAAAGGGGAUGAUGUUCAUGGCUUUGGUUACAUUUUUAUGGUGCAUGUAAAUUGCUGCAGGUCUUUGUACUGUAAUUCUGUUUUUUUCUGUUUCUAAAAAAAAUAAACUUUUUUAUAAGGCA